UCCAUUCCAUUCUGGAAUCUCUCCUGUUCUUCUUCGCCGCUCUCCAAAUCUUGUUCUUACUCUCGAUUUCUCGGUCGCUCGAUCUGUUUUUGAGAGGUUGCCGUUCAAACUCCUGCUUCUCGCUCGGCCCUUGACUACAGCUAAGAAGCAAAGCGGGAGCUUUUUUUUCUUCUUCUUCUCUUACAGUAGACGAGAGAAAUCUUGAAAGCUCGUAAUCCCUCCCAAAACAUCAUGGCCAAGGCUGAAGACUACUGCAAAGUUGCUGGCAAUGAGGAGCAACAAAGUUAUGUGUCGGACAUCGAAGCCUGGGAGUACAAUCCCAGCGAUGAAGAUCAGAGGCUGCCUCACAAGUACUCCCCAAACAGGCCAGUCCCUCUGGAACACGUCCAUGGAUUGGGAGUUUUGACAUGGAAGCUGGACGUGACGGACUGGAAUAACAGUCCAAUGCUCGAGAAGAUUAAGAAGGAGCGCGGAUACAAGUAUGCGGAGACCAAGAUCGUGUCGCCGGAGGCCAUGGAAGACUACGAGCAGAAGAUAAAGAUGUUCUUCGAGGAGCAUAUGCAUUCGCAGGAGGAGAUCCGUCUCAUCCUCGACGGCGAAGGAUAUUGGGACAUUCGUGACUACGAUGAUAAGUGGAUACGCUUCCGUGUCCGCAAGGGCGAUCUCAUCGUCUUGCCUCCGGGAAUGUUUCAUAGGUUCACUCUGGAUGUGACAAACUAUAUCGAGGCCUUGCUUCUCUACACGGAUGUUCCAUGCAGGACACAACACGAACGAUCGCAUCAGUCCGAGGAAGAAAGCAAAGCAAGGAAGUUUUACAUUGAGAACUUCCUCGACUCAAGGCUCGCCAUGAUGAACAUCAAUAAGGACUUUGAGGUUCCGACAUCGAUUGAAGUUCCGGCACAGUGACAAACAACUGACGAAAAAGAAAACCGCAAAAUCACGCGGAGGAAAAACAAAAAAAACUACUAUCAGCAACACAAGCAGCAGCAUCUACACAUACGAAAUGGGGGUUUACACUCUUUUUCUCUUUCUCUUUCUCUUUCUCUCGCUUUUUCCUUCGCUCCUUUUUUCCUGCUACUCAAGCGGAUGGCAUCGAUGGAGGCCCGUUUUUUGAUAGUGCUCGCAGUAGCACUAUUUGCUCCAGGGAAUUUGAUCGACGCCACCAAAGGUAGCAGCCAAAAUCCGGGACGAAUUAUCCUCUCUUCCCAUACAUACUCUUCUCUUCUUUCUUUUUCUACUUGCUGGAAUGCAGCAGCGUUUUUAAUUGUCGCCUACGAGCGACCGCAUCCGUGUACAGACCUUAUUAAACUAAGAAAUACAAAAGCUAUAGAAAGUUAUAUAUAA